AUCUGUAAUCGAUGUCGAACUAUAUUUAUAUUCCGACAUCAACUACAAGAUUCUUUUUUAACCAUGUCGAACAGUAGUAUAAUUUCAAAACAGAACAGAUUGUCUUAAAUAUUGAAGUUAUCCUUGUAAGAGUCGUGUACCUAUUCAUUACAUUUGGAAUUACACACGACAGUAAAGUUUUGAAUGUGGUGCGAAUAUAAUAAUGAAAAUGGACGAGAAAAGUGAAACUUACUACCAUUGUAUAUUAUGCGCCCAGCUAGAAUGUACCAGUAAAUUAAUCUCAUUGCAAUCAGACGAUGAGGUGUUUCACAAAACUAUUGUAAAAUUGUCACGUUUAAAUAUUUUGUACGAUUACGACGAAACACUUCCGAAGAACAUUUGCGAAUCAUGUAACGAUAAUCUUGAGAAAGCAUUUGCAUUCGUAGUAAAAGUUGAUAAAGCUCGAAAUAUUCUAUCUGAUAUUUAUAAAAACAAAAAUAACUACUUAAAAGAACAAGACUCUGAUAUUUCAGAUAAUGAUUGUUUAAAAGGUGAAUAUUGUGACUAUUUAAAAAAUCAACAGAGCUGUGUUUUGGAAAAUGUAAAAGUAGAAUUUUCUGAUUAUCAACCGAACCAUGUUUUGGAUCAGGGUGUUAUUUUAGAACAACAACAGAACAAUGAUUUAGAGGAACAACAAAAUAAUAUUGUGGAACAACAGAAUGAUAUUGUGGAACAACAACAGAAUGUUAUUGUGGAAUACCAACAUAGUGAAGUUUCUUCAGGAAAUAAAUCUGAUUGCAAUGCUGGUUUAGACUUCGAAAUUUACUCUCAAUCUUCCAACGAUAGUUCUGAUAUAUCAGAAGCUGAAUCAAGUUCUGAAUGUGUUCGCAAUAAUAAAAUCAAAAAGAGUAGUGGGAGCACAGACUUGAUAUUAACCUGGAAUGAUUACCUCUGGACUUGUUCCAUUUGUGAAACUCAGUUUUCUAACAAUGAAGAACUAAAACUACAUUCAAUGCAAUACCACCAAAUUUGUAAUCCAUUAAAAUGUCAUGAAUGUAACAUAAGGAAAUUGUAUUUAAAUGCAUUCAUUGUACAUGUUCAAAGGCAUAACACUCAUCUCAAAUUUAUGUGCUACAAAUGUAAUUGUAAAUUUACAUGUACCCGUGCACUAAAUAGUCACACAAGAUCAGCACACGGGCCUAAAACAAAAUAUGUAUGUCCCGGUUGCAAUGUUGAUUUUGAAAGUUCAGAAGAAUUAAAAGUGCAUAUGGAUACAUUCUAUAGAGGAAAACGGUUCAUACAUGUACCAGUUGAGUUGGUCUCUAAUCAGAAUAGCCUAACCUGUGAUAUUUGUCAAAAGUCAUUUAACAACAAACGAUUACUCCACAGUCAUUUAUUUAUACAUACUGAUAGAAAAAAGGAGCAUAUUUGUGAUAUAUGUGGUAAAGGUUUUGUUAGUAAAAAUCAAUUGAAAUGCCACACAAUGUCACAUAAAGACAACCGAUCCCAUGAGUGCAAUAUUUGUAAGAGUAGUUUCAAAACAUUGACACAUUUGAAAAAGCAUAAAGCCAUUCAUAGUAAUGAGAAGCCCCAUAAAUGUGAUCAAUGUGGAAAGGGGUUCCGUUUGAAAAGUUAUCUCAAAUCACAUUUAAUAAUUCACACAAACUCUCUGCCAUUUGACUGCAUCUAUUGUGACAAAAAGUUUAGAUUUAAAUCUAUUCGUGACCAACACAUAAGACAGCACACUGGGCUCAAACCAUAUUCAUGUGAAAUUUGUUCAAGAGAUUUUACAAAUUGGUCUAAUUAUAACAAACAUAUGAAAAGGCGUCAUGAUUUGAAUAUGGCUAAGAGAAAAACGACACCAGAAGGUGUGUAUCCAAUUAACCCAUCUACUGGUAAAAUAAUAAAAUAUGAUGUUAAUGAAACUCUGGAAUCAAAGAAUCAGAAUAUCAAAGGGAGAGUCAAGAGGAUGACAUCAUUCCAUAAAAAUCCACAAAUUAAUGAUUUGGAUGGUGCCCAAAAUGACAAAUCUGAAACAAAAUAAUUUCUAGUGGAUUUUAUUUAGAUAAAGUGUUAGUAUUCAAAUUAAGUCAAUUCAAAUUCUAUCUUAUAUAGUUUAAAUUAUAAAUUAUAUUUAAUAUUUUCAGUGAAAUAUUUAUGUAAGUUGCAUGUAACAUUGUUUAAAAAAAAAUUAAGUUUCAUGGUAAAAAUCUUUGUAUUGACCCACCAUUAAAUAGGCUUAGAGGAGACGCGAUAAAAAGGGGAAAUAACUCUUUAUAAAGAUAAAGAGUAUAUUUGCCCUUCCUAUGCAUCUCCUCUGUCAAUUAAAGGUAGCAACGCAUCCGCAA